GAACACGACGUUAUUGUGGCAAAAUAAGUGAAUGUAUAUGAAUGGGCCUUGAAGCCCAAAAAAAGGACCUGGAACUUUCUUGGUCCUUCUUUUUCAGGCGCGAAAAUUACAGUUGAAGCUGAAAAUGGAGGAAGUGUCUGGAACGAACUGGAUCUUCUCCAUUGCUAGAACUUUCCCCUCCCUCCAAUGAAUAUACGUAUACACACUCUUCUUCCCCGUCGAAGCAUAUAUUCUCAGCAUUAUAAAUAGCAGACAAGAGCUCUCUCUAAACCAAAUCUUCUUCUUCUUUCAAGUUUCGGUAAAGCGAACAACCCAGUUUUCCAACCAUGUCUCUGAUUCCAAGCUUCUUUGGAAACCGAGGAAGCAGUAUAUUCGACCCCUUCUCGCUCGACGUUUGGGAUCCAUUCAAGGAUUUUCCUUUCCCUUCCUCGUCAAUUUCUCGGGAAAAUUCCGCCUUUGUUAACACGCGUGUGGACUGGAAGGAGACACCGGAGGCGCACGUCUUCAGGGCAGAUCUUCCCGGUCUGAAAAAGGAGGAGGUGAAAGUGGAGUUAGAGGAUGACAGGGUGCUGCAGAUCAGCGGGGAGAGACACGUGGAGAAGGAGGACAAGAACGACACUUGGCACCGGGUUGAGCGCAGCAGCGGUAAGUUCUCGAGGAGGUUCAGAUUGCCAGAGAACGUGAAGAUGGACCAGGUGAAGGCUUCAAUGGAGAACGGGGUACUUACUGUUACGGUGCCCAAAGCAGAGGCGAAGAAGCCUGACGUUAAGGCCAUUGAGAUCUCUGGUUGAGAAUCUGGAAUUCAUGGUUGACAGGUGUUUGUUCAUGUUUCUUAAUGUAUAGGGCAUAUUAAUCAAUAAGUGGGGGUAUGACAUAUGAUUGUGCAUGCCAAUUGUUCGAUGAAAUGUGGGUCUUUGGAUUUUUGUAAUGUUGUUGUAAAGUUGAUAUUUUGAUAAUAAAUAAAAUAAUCAUCUUUUCU